UUGCGCUAUCCGCUCCCAAAGCGUCUGUGUUUGUUUACCGAAAAAGAACCAAAGGCAGCAGUAGGCAUUGCGUUUUAGGCUAGAAUUUGUGUUGUAACUGUACUAUGAUAGUCGAACGGUAUCGAAAUCUGAAGAAAAAUGUCUGCCCCAAAGCACCACACACGAGCCGCUGCAAAAUCUGUCCCAGCACAAUCGCAAAUUGAAAAUUCCGUGGUGCGCAUAACACCGAAACUGCGAAACAUUACCAACACGAUCAAAAUGUCAACCGGAGAUGAAUCGCCUGCAAAAAAGAAGAAAAAAUCCGACCCUAACCCCAUCCAGCAAUGUAGGCAACCGUCCGAGCCGGAAGUAAUUGCGUUCGAUAAGUUGCGUUUCGUGCUGGGCAGACAUUAUUUCGAUGUUUGUCAACGUUUGGGGCUCGAUUAUGUGCCCAGCUGUGUGCGAAAUAUUGCCGAAUGUGCUCAGCGGCACGUCUGUAAGCGCAGCAAACGUACCAGAUGUGUUGGGCUGAUACGACAGACAAGUACGCACGACCAAAUCCGGGAGUUCCGUCCGGAUCAAUUUAUUGAAUUCCUAAACCAGGCUAUCAUGCGCCAGGAGUUCAUUGGUGCCGAGCUGUUUGUUGCCGGUUUACAGCUAAUGCUCACAUUGAACCAACCUUCGGUUGAACUCGAGUUGGAGUAUGGUGUCGUAGACAUUGUAAUCGGAACGGGUGAAGUGUUGGAAAAGUGUCUAAAAUACUUUCCACCCUGUCGGUGGGAUUUACGGCCCGCCUAUCAGUGCAUCGUGUUUGGCCAGCUCGAUGCACAGUGCUUCGAGCAGUGCGAUCAGCGGGAAGGUUUGCUUCGUAACGUGCUUCAUCUGAUCGAGCAUUACAUCGAAACGGAAUCGGAACUGGUUAAUCGUCCGUGCACAAGAAAACGACCCACCAAACGUGGCCAAACAUUCGAAGACGAUGAGAUGGUUUCGUACAACUAUAUCUCCUGGAUGCUGGCCAACAGAUUGCGCUACGAUUUCAACAAGUUGUCGCGUGCGGAGCGGUUCGAACGAUUGUUUGCGGUACUGCAAGUAUUAGUCAAGCUGCUGGAGAUGGAUUUUGCCAUGUGGAUUCUUCGCAAUCCGACCAAAACGCAGCAAAACCUUUGCAAUCCGUCACGCAGCCCACUGGUGGCACAGCUCGUCUGGAACGGUGACUACGGCAGUGUUAAUCUGUUCAUCAAAAAGCUUUUCCAAAUAUUUAUCAAUAUGAAUGCGCUGCAUUAUCCGACAGAUGACAUCGGCGUGAUUUCGCGCCUGUUGAGCAUUGUCACGGUAGCCGUAAAUCUGUGUGAAUUCCAGCACAGCGAGGGACAGAUACAGUACCCGUGUGUAAAAGACAACAGUCUUCAUUACGCCCGACAGCUGUGGAAAAUGCUGGAAUCGUCCGGAUACUUUAGCAUUCCUUUAUGUCUCAGCACAAUACGUAACCUUCGAUCGCCUUUCCUACGGCUGCAACUUGCGGAACAUUUGUUCCAAAAGUUUAAUCGCAGUAUGAACCUUCGCAACGUGCGCAGUUUCUUCCAACAGCUGCUCAGCCGUUGCUGGUUAGAUUGUGCGACGGAUGAACCUGAUGAAACCUUCAGCUCUCGUGGGCAAUCAGCUUCUAUUUAUCCAGUGCUUAACACGCAACAUACCCGUCUGAAAGUGUCUGAAAUGUAUCAGAAACAAUACGUCGACCUACUGCUGAUCGGUCUUCGUGCGUACUGUGAUAUGCAUCAGUUACCGGCCUACUUCCGUGAGAUUAUGAUACAGCCAGCCCCAAAAACGUCCUCUACCACCGACGAUAUAGUUCCGGUAGCCCCAUCCAGCACGACAGAGUGUUCACCAGAUGCACGAAUUGUACCCCAGAUCAUUCUCGAUGAACGGAUGAUUUUCCAAGGAGUGGCCAUGAGUGGAGAAUUAGUGUUGGAAUACCGGGACGAUAUUAAGUACCUGCUGCUAAUCGAACAGCAACUAAAGGCACUCGAAUCAACGGAAGAUAAAACAUUGUUUCGGGAAUGGAUGAUCUUCCUAUCGGAAGUGGACCCAUCGCUGUCGAUACACUAACGUGAUAAUACCUGUUGUUGUGUUAAGCAUUUGGGGUCUUUUUUAUUACUAUUUAAAUAAUUUAUGAGUGUUUGACGGUAAUAAUCGAUAAAAUAAAUAUUAAUGUUGUAUACGUUUUUUGAAGAACAUACCAAUGAAA